AUGCACACCGUUUUUCGAAUUGAUGAAAUUCGAAAACUUGACAAUGAAAGUUCACUUUAUCAAGUAGAUCUUAAACUGACGUCAGAUGAAGACCAACAAUUACGUCAACUCACAGAAAAUAUAUUAGAAGGGGCGUCACAUGAGACUUGUUGGUCACGAUUGGGUAUAUUGCUAUUAAAAAUAGGACAAUAUAGCAAGGCCGAAAAAUUGUAUACUGCACUACUCGAACAAAUAUCCAACGACAGUACUAGAGCCACAAUUUACAACAAUCUUGCAGUGCUGAAAGAUCAACAAGGACUACACCAAGAAGCAGCAUCAUUUUGCGAAAAAUCCCUCGAGAUCCGUCGAAAAACUCUUCAAGGAGAUCAUCCUUCACUGGCUACUUCCUACCACAACAUUGCUGGAGUGUAUUACAACAUAGGUGACUACUCGAAAGCACUUGAAUUUUACGAAAAAGCACUUAAAAUAAGAGAAAAAGCUCUGCCUCCGAAUCAUCCCGAUUUCGCUCAAUCCUCCAAUAACAUCGGUGGAGUGUAUAACAACAUGGGUAUCUACUCGAAAGCACUUGAAUUUUACGAAAAAGCACUUAAAAUCUUUGAAAAAGCUCUGCCUCCGAAUCAUCCCGAUUUGGCUACUUCCUACAAUAACAUCGGUGGAGUGUAUAGAAACAUGGGUGAUUACUCGAAAGCACCUGAAUUUUACGAAAAAGCACUUAAAAUCUUCGAAAAAACUCUACCUUCGAAUCAUCCCUUAUUGGCUAGUUCCUACAAUAACAUCGGUGGAGUGUAUAGCAACAUGGGUGACUACUCGAAAGCACUUGAAUUUCACGACAAAGCACUUAAAAUAAGAGAAAAAACUCUGUCUCCGAAUCAUCCCGAUUUGGCUAGUUCCUACAAUAACAUCGGUGAAGUGUAUCACCACAUUCGUGACUACUCGAAAGCACUUGAAUUUUACGAAAAAGCACGUAAAAUCAUCGAAAAAACUCUACCUCCGAAUCAUCCCUCAUUGGCUAUUUCCUACGGCAACAUCGGUCAAGUGUAUAACAAGAUGGGUGACUACUCGAAAGCACUUCAAUUUUACGAAAAAGAUCUCGAAAUCAAGAAAAAAGCUCUGCCUACGAAUCAUCCCGAUUUGGCUAUUUUCUACAUCAACAUCGGUGUGGUGUAUCAAAACAUGGGUAACUACUCGAAAGCACUUGAAUUUUACGAAAAAGCACAUAAAAUCUUCGAAAAUGCUCUACCUUCGAAUCAUCCCUUAUUGGCUACUUUAUACAACAACAUCGGUACUGCAUAUUUCGGCAAAGGAGACUACUCAAGAGCACUCUCAUUCUUAGAAAAGGCACUUGUUAUCUUCCAAAAAUCACUUCCACCAAACCACCCUGAUAUUCAGAAAGUCACAGACGUGAUUGCCUACGUAAAAAAGAGAAUGUAA